UGACCUCUGGGAUUAGCAAAGACCAAAGGGCCCCCCGUGCCGUGGGGCGAGAAACAGGGCUGUGGGGGGCGGGGGAGCUCGAGGAGCUCAGACGGAGAGACUAGUGAAGGGAAGAAGUGGGCUGGCUCCUGACGCACUUUCUGCGGGUGGGAGGGGAACUAGGGACCCGAGCCCACUGGUGACGUUUUUCUCACGUGGUCAGAAGCCGACGUGUGCAGAAGUCCCUCUCCUUCAGGUACCAGAUCCCUGUUUCCGUGGAGGAAGGCAGACAGACUUCAGACUGAGAGACAGAGAAGGCAACUGCCCUACAGCCCUGCAGGUUUUCAGGUCUGUGGUUGUGGACGCUAACCAAGAUAAGAAAAGGAAAGACCUGCAGUAUCAGUGCAGGAAAGGCAAAGAAGGGAACAUCUCAACAUGGAAAAGCUCUGCGAAGAACAUGAAGGAAAGCCAGAAAAUGAAAGAAACCUAGAAAGUGAGGAAAAGCCUGAAGAUGAGGAAAGUACAGAAGAGGAAGGAAAGUCAGACGAGGAAGAAAAGCCGGACGUGGAGGGGAAGACAGAAUGCGAGGGAAAGCGAGAGGAUGAGGGAGAGCCAGGUGAUGAGGGACAACUGGAAGAUGAGGGAAGCCAGGAAAAGCAGGGCAAGUCCGAAGGUGAGGGCAAGCCACAAGGCGAGGGCAAGCCAGCCUCCCAGGCAAAGCCGGAGAGCCAGCCGCGGGCCGCCGAAAAGCGCCCAGCUGAAGAUUAUGUACCCCGGAAAGCAAAAAGAAAAACGGACAGGGGGACGGACGAUUCCCCCAAGGACUCUCAGGAGGACUUACAGGGAAGGCAUCUGAGCAGUGAGGAGAUGAUGAGAGAAUGUGGAGAUGUGUCAAGGGCUCAGGAGGAGCUGAGGAAGAAACAGAAAAUGGGUGGUUUUCAUUGGAUGCAAAGAGAUGUACAGGAUCCAUUCGCCCCAAGGGGCCAACGGGGUGUCAGGGGAAUGAGGGGUGGAGGUAGGGGCCAGAAAGACUUCGAAGAUGUCCCAUAUGUUUAAUGUCUUUGGCCUUUAAUUCUGAUUUCUCUGAUGGGAAUAUUGCCAGACCUGCUUUCCCUGGCAGGCAUUUGCCGGGCUAUGUGCUUUAACCUUAAGCUGAUACUUUCCUUUAGGUGUCACUCUUGUUACCAGCAGACUUUUGACCUACCUACAGUGCUCUGUCUUUUAGUAGAGGAUUUUCACCCAUGUGCAUGGAAUAAAUGUUCAUGGUACAUUGUAAAAUAACAAUAAAAGAGUUUUCAGAACCACA